AAAAAAAGACAACCUUCAGUCUUGCUGAUCCAAUCACAAACGAUGUACCUUCUCCCGCCGUACUUUGAAUUUUUGGGAUGCUAUAUAUAUAUAUCUGCCCAGCCUUUUGGCAGACUUUAUAUGGACAGUCAUGUCUGAACGGAGCGCUGCAUUUCGACGGAGAGUCAAUGAUAUUAGAGACAGAAUGAAUGCCCAAUUUAACCGGCUACUAAAUGAAGAUGACAGCGAAGAGGGGACUUCUCUGCUACAAAGGUGAAAUGCUUUGGUGGUGGUUACUCUAUUGGCAAGCUUUUAGCUUUGCGCCUUUUUUGUUCUUGCAAAACGAAAUUACUUUUACAUUUUUAAAUAAUAAAUGGCUCGUUUACUAAUUAUCUGUUACAAGUCAAUCGACAGCAUUUAACAACAAAUUCUGUAAUCAUAAAUGUCAGUCCUAGAUUGAUGACUUCAAAUGACAGUCAUUUUAAUCCCUCUUAUGUCCAUUUAUGCAUAAAGAAUUUAGUUUAUAAAUGUAGCAUAUUCCAUAUUUUCAGGGUGCAUUUAAUUUGCGAGAUAAUCGAAAAAUGCAUGCAAUAAACACCGAUAUGAUAUGCCUUACACGGAGUGUGUGGGGUUUUUAUUUAUUUAUUUAUUUAUUUAUUUUUUUGGGGGGGGUGUCUCUGUCAUAUUAGUUUGUGACUUAAAGACUUACUUUAUCUCUUGGUCUAAUGAUAGCUUUGGAGUUUUCCGCCAACAGCACGGGGGUGGACCAGUGCGCAGGCGAAGAGGCGGGAGAACCACACAUCGCCAGUUAACUUUUAAGGUGUCAGUUCUAAGGAAUCCGACACUGACCCACUACCGAUCUCAUCGGGAUGCCACUCCUGCUACUCGGGUGGUCGUUCCUGUAAACCUAAAUGCCGCUGAAUUCAGGCAGGCACUACGGGACAAUAUUGCAGACAUACCUUUUCAGUUCGACCUAUGCAAAGUGAAUGGACAGUGGCUCAUUCUUCCUCUUGAAGAGGAGACGCCCCAAGGAAUUAGAGCAAGAAACCUAUUGGGUCGCUCCAAUCUUUAUAUCCGUCCAAAGAUUACAGAAGCCAAUGACAACUCAACUGGUGGAGAAGUGGUGCAGUCUGAAAUGGCAAUUGUGCUGCAUGACACAGAGACACCUGACCAUGGCAGGCACAAUGUACAGGAGCCAGAGGUUAUCAGUGGUCUGCAUGAAAACCAGACAGCUCAUUCUAGUAGGCAUGGUCUCCAGGAACCAGAGGUUAACAGGGAAGAGUUUUACAUCGACUCUGCCGAGUCAGAAGUAUCAGACCUGGAUGAGGCUGUCCUGGCUUCCCCUGAACAAAAUGAUUCACAUGACGAGAUGGACCUUGCUACUGUGUUAAAAGAUUUCCAGGAAACGCAUCUUGACACCAGCAAUUAUUGUACAGUGAUAGCCCGACGAAGGAAAAUCCUACAUAGUGCCUGCAUGGCACUUUCGAAGUCCUAUUUUUCCUGGCAUAAAUUGCCAAAUAUUGAAUUCGUUGGUGAAAUGGCCGAUGAUUAUGGAGGCCCAAGGCGGGAAUUUUUUCGCUUACUUAUGGUCGAAACUCAGAAUUCCCUAGGGAUUUUUGAGGGGAAGCCUGGCAGCCUGUUGUUCUGUUAUAGCCAGCAGUUGCUGUCAAGCAACAAGUGUUAUACGGCUGGUAAACUGAUUGCUUGGUCCAUAGCACACAAUGGGCCAGGGCCACGGUGUAUCAAUAGACACCUGUUCUGUUUGAUGUGUAGCCAGGGGUUAGGGUUUGGGUAAAGAAAGGGGUCCCAGAAGCAGCUGGGCCCCUGAUGCACUCUCACUCGAGUGGGUGGGCAUUAUUGCCCCCAAGUCAAAAAAUUACCCACGAAGGGUGGUAGUGGCCAUUUAUUUUGUCUAUUGAGCCCGUCGCGACGUUUCGGCGUUACUUCGCCUUCAUCAGGCUGGGCUCAAUGAGGGUAGGGACUGGUUUGUCCUCUAUUUAUACUCUUUCUGUUCUUAGUCUUUUCUGUUUCUUCUUUACUAAGGUUUUUUUCUGUUUCUUCUUACUUAGGUUUUUCUCUGUACUUUCUUUCUUAGUUUUUCUCCUUUUUUUCUCUAUUUUUUCUAUCUUCUAACCCUACUUUCUUCUCAACCCUACUUGGGGAGCUUUCUUCUGCUAUCGCUCAUCUCAACCCUACUUGGGGAGCUUUCUUUUCUUUCCUUUCUCUUUAUUCAUGGCACCCCCUAUUCCUUAGUCCACUCUUUCUUUCAUCUUGUUUUUCUGGCACCCCCAUCCUUAGUAACCACUCUAUUUAGGCUUUUUUUCUCUAUUUUUUAUGUUUUUCCAUUUUUUUAGGCUUUAUCCUUCUGUUUUUUAUAUUU